GAACCUACCGAGAGGUGGUGUUGACCGACCGCAGCAGGUUUUCAGUAAGAAACCUGAAAAAUCAAACUUCCUAAGGCAACUGACAGUAACGCUAAGACCUUAUUUUUUAACGGAAGGGUCAGCGGUGCCGGAGUUAAGGCGACGCGAAAGAGAGAAGAAAGUAAAUCCCGGAGGGAAAGCGCCCGAAGUGAGCUUGAGGAUCAAAGCUAAUGCUAACGCAGCUAGCCAUUGCUAAAUAAUUAUACGGAAACUCGUGUCAAUUUUUUAGUCGCUUGCUUUGACACAACCACUGUUGUUACAAAGUAGAUAGUUGAGGGACAUUUGUUAAGUUAUAUAUUACAUUUACUUAAAAUAAUAAGGUGUUUUGCCUUUACAUUUUAGGCCCCAAGCGACUGGUAUUCAUUUAGCAAGAUUAGCUACAAUAGCCGGUCUUAUUGAGGUUAGACCGGCUCUGCGCUCCGUAUUACAGGUGAUAUUGCUAAAGAUAGUUCGCUUUCAAAGCAACUUCACAUCGAGAGAUAUCAGUGUAAAUAAGUUAUCUUACACUUGGUGCUGUCUAAGCCUUGUGCUUCGCAAUGCUGAAACAACAGCAGCAAACCGGCUCAGGCGGGAGAAAAGCGUCAAACGGAACCUCGGGCCCCGCUGGUAUGUCGUCCCCAGUCAGCGGCAUCAACAGUGGCAACAGGACACCGGCCGGGAGGAAUCGAACUUCUGCAAAGCCAUCAUUCCAGUCAUCUCCUGUGUUCGAGGGUGUGUACAACAAUGCCAGAAUGCUUCAUUUCCUCACAGCUGUUGUGGGUUCUACCUGUGACAUAAGAGUGAAGAAUGGCAGUGUAUUUGAAGGCAUAUUCAAGACUCUAAGUUCUCGGUGUGAGUUGGCUGUGGAUGCUGUACACAAACGCAGCGAGGAAGAGGGCUCAACGUCAGCUCCACCACGGAGGGAGGACAUCACUGACACAAUGAUCUUCAGCCCCUCAGACCUGGUGACUAUGAGCUGCAGAGACGUUGACCUCAACUAUGCUACCAGAGACACCUUCACAGACACAGCCAUCAGCUCCAACCGUGUCAAUGGAGAACACAAGGAAAAGGUUUUGCAGAGGUGGGAGGGAGGAGACAGCAAUGGAGAGAGCUACGAUCUGGACAACGAUGCAUCCAACGGCUGGGAUGCUAAUGAGAUGUUUCGUUACAAUGAAGUUAAAUACGGAGUCACGUCAACAUAUGAUUCCAGCCUUUCCAUGUAUACUGUGCCAUUGGAAAAAGGCAACUCCGAGGUCUUCCGGCAGAGGGAGGCACGUGCUGCCCGCCUGGCCAGUGAGAUUGAGUCUAGCCCCCAGUAUCGCCAUCGCGUGGGCCUAGAAAAUGACGAGGGCAAAAGUGAGGAGGACAAGUACAGUGCUGUGGUGCGGGACGGCGGAGACCGUGAGAGGGGCCGUGAGAGCCCCCGCGACAGAGAGCGUGAAAGGGGCCGAGACAGCCCUGGAGCCAGCAACAGGGAGGGCAAGUACAUUCCAUUACCUCAACGCCAGAGAGAGAUGAACCGAGAGCGAGCUGAGAGAGGUCCUGGCGGGCCUCCACCCCACAAUCGUCUAAGUGGAGGUUAUCGCUCCAACCUUCCAUCCUCCUCUUCCCCCAGACCCCCACUGCCCUCUGCCGCUGGGCCCCAGCCUGGCGUCUCCCCCUCCGAGCGAAACAGCCCUCUGUCAGGUCGAGGCGGGGCCUACGCUCCCCACCACCCCCAGGGGAGCCCGAGCCCAGGCCCGGCAAGUCCAUACACACCUGCCUCUCCAGGAGGACCAGCACCCACGCCAGCCUCAGCAACUACUGCCCAAUCCCCUGCCAGCCCCCCUGCCUCACACGGACACACAGUCCCUCAUUCCCACUCACUUCCACACUCGCUGUCUGAAGCUAGCAGGCCUGUUAAUGGAGUCUCUGCCAGAACAUCUCCUAAAGCCCAAAGACCUCCACAGUCAAGCAGAACAGCCCGCGCUGCAAACUCGCACGCUCAGUCCACAGCUACUCGGUCUCCUAAAUCAGGCUCUUCCCAGGACACGCCAUAUUUGGACACAUCGUCUGUCUCCCUACCUGCUCAGAAGACAUCUGGCCCUGCCCCUCUCUUCCCUGUCGAUGUGAAUGAGAUUCUUGGAGCAGCUGCAAAAGAACGCUCAGCCGAGAGCCCCAGCAGCACAGAGGAAAGCAAGACUAGUAAAGCUCCCUCAGUUCAGCAAAGGUCGCAAAUUGAGGAGCUCCGGAAAUUCGGCAAGGAAUUCAGGCUCCAGGCAAGUGGAGGCAGCUCCGGCUCUCCCAGCUCCCCGGCAGCAGCCACCCCCCCGGUUGUCAGUGAGACCGCCGCACCCAGCACAGCCAAGCCCUCACCAUCAGACGCUCACCCCACUUCAGAGCCCAAACCUCAGCCUCCAGCUCCCAGUCCUUCCCAGCCCCAACCUCAGCCUUCACCAGCACCUGCUGAGGACCCCACCAAGGACACCUCAACUACACCUGGCGCCACAACAGCCACCACAGCGCCCGUUUCAGACAGGCAUUCACCAGCCGCCCCGCAGCCAGCCAGGACCCCUGGAAGUGAGGAGGUCAGGUCUGAGACGACAGAGCGGACAGAGGGCGUGGCAGACCAAGUAAAGAAAUCAACCUUAAACCCCAAUGCUAAAGAGUUCAACCCAAUCAAACCUCAAAUGCCUAUGACGAAGCCCAACACUGCGCCCACACCACCUCGGCCAACUCCUCCAAGCCCAGUGGUCCUUCAGCACCCAGGCGGACAGGGGCCACUCUACAACACCCCCUACCUCUCCUACGUGUCACAGAUCCACUCUGUGCAGCCCCCACCAAUGUACCAAUACACCAUGUCUACAGUCAGCCAGGGAAAAUACCCCAGGACCAAAGGCUCAGUAGUGGCUCAGCGCUCUGACCAUGGUACCUCGGCACCUCCCAUGUUACAAGCUGCGGCGUCGGCAGCCGGGGCCCCCCUGGUAGCGUCCCCCUACCCUCAGUCCUACCUUCAGUAUAACCCACAGCAGUAUGGCCAGCAGCAGGUCAUCCAGGCCAUGACACCCUACCCUGGACAGCCGAUGUACUCCAUGCUGCAGGGUGGAGCCAGGAUGAUAGGUCAAGGCGGGGGUCCCCACCCACAAGCCCUGGGACCUCCAGGAGGCCCCCAGUUCCCUGCACAGGGAGACGGACCUCAGGGACCACAGCAGGGCAUAUACGCUCCACAGUCCUUCUCCCACCACUCGGGUGCAGUUCAUCAGCCCCAGCCCUCCAGUACUCCAACAGGCAACCAGCCCCCUCCCCAGCACGCUGCACCUAGCCCUGGACAGAACGCCCAAUCAGGCCCACAGCCCCAGUCCUUGUAUCACUCAGGUCCCCUGUCAGCACCCACCCCACCCAACAUGCCACCAGGCCACACAUCUCCACAGGGCUCUUACCCCAUUCAGGGCUACAGCAUCCACAGUCACCAGGGCAUCCCCCCAACGUAUCCCCUGGGACAGAUAGCACAGGCCCAUGUACAGGGAGCCAUGUCUGGUCCACACCACUCGGGGGGACACGGUCAGCCCCAGUUAGUAAUGUUGCAACCGCCUCAGCAGGGCCCUGGCUCAGUGCCCCAGCACCCCCAGCACGGACCUCAGCAAGGAGCACACCAACACUUUUACAUAGGACAUCCACAAGCAAUGCAGGUACAAACACACCCUGCUCCCUUCCAUCCGCCUGGAAACUAAACCCCAUCUGCCCCACCUUACCUCCAAAACUGUUCCCAGGAAUGAGCCCAAACAUCCCCACUGCCUGCUGGAUGUGAGGCCCAGACUGAACGUGACUCAAAAAACAAAUUGACGGAGGAGAGGACAGUGUCUCACAGCACCUUAUGCUUCUGCUGUAUUGUUCUUCAUCAGUACAAACCAAGGUGUCAGCCCCAGACGAGGAGGACCUUUUUAAUGCUAAUGAUGAAGGUGGCAGAUGACAGCAGCAGCGUCCAACCCCCGCUGCCAUCCUGCUCCAACUUCUUCCCUUUUCAGAGAUACGAGGCACCUUGCUGGACGGACCAGGCAGAGAGGAAAAGACACAGAUGAUAAACAGCAGCAGACACUUUAUCUUCUAGCAAUGUGUUUUUAGCCUUGUGGGAUUUUGUAUGUACCAUGACACAAAUGGGAAGCAGACUGUUGCAGUAAUUCUCAUGAAUACGGAGCGGAAUGAAGCGAUUUGAAGAGGAGGGAGAUUUUUAGCAAAUCAUUUCUUUCUUUUUCCUAUCUUUUUUUUAACUCUAUCCAGUAGUUAACACCACCCUUUUGCCCUUCUUCUCUCCUGUAGGAAAAAAAUUAAUAAAAAAUGGACAAGACAAAAAAAAUAUUAAAACAACAAUGACCAAAAAAUAAAG